AGUUAACCAAAAUUUCUAAUAAAGGCUUUGGAACAGACAUUGUGAUCGCGUCGAGCAUCACUGUGAUAGUGUAGGAGAGUGGUUCAGUCGACACCAACUACUCAUUCACACAGCUCGGAGCUACAUAUCACUCGAGUUCGAUCAUGUCGUUCUUUGCAAAAUUGGGGAGCAGUGGCUCCGACACUGACUCGAGUUCGGAUGAAGAAGAGAUCCUGUCUGGAUCCGAAGGAGAGGAGCAGGAUGAAAAGCUCAAGGCGUCUUCCAAGAAGACUAACAAUAAAGCGAGCAUGUUCUUGAGGAGUGACGCAGAGGACAGCAGCGAUGAGGAUGAUAGCGAUGAGGACAGCGAUGAGGAUGAGGACAUGAGUGAUGAGAGCGGGGAUGGCAGACAGCGUCUAGCGAAUAGGUUCUUGAGGGGGGCGGUGUCAAGUGAUGAGGAUGAGGAGGAUGAAGAGGACAGGACAGUCGUCAUGAGUGCCAAAGACAAGCGAUUCGCGGAAAUGGAGCAGGCCAUCCACAACAUACAAAAUGCCACCAAGUCGGCUGAUGGAGCUGCGAAUGACUGGGUCCUUGCAAGCAGCGAGCUCGACAAGUUGAAUCGAUUCAUUGCUCGGCACCAAACUGCCAUGGUCGCAUCUCCUAUCCCCGCCGCCGGUCACAUUCCUCCUGCGUUCCUUCGGACUCUGGUGGAGCUUGAGACGGCAGUCACAUCGACCAUCUCCGCGGAGAAGGGUGCGACAAAAAAGAUGGCACCUGUCAAGGCGAAGGCUUUGAGCGGGAUGAAACAAACUCUGAAGAAGAAGGCAAAGGAGUUUGAACUUACCCUGGGCCAGUAUGCCGCAGACCCCGCUGAGUACACCGCGGCGUACGAGGCCGCCAACGUCGCGCCUUCCGCUCCAAAAGCACCUAAACGUCCAGUGGGUGCCCCGCAAGAGGGACAACCGGACGAUGGCGAUUUCAUGACCAUUGGUCGUGGUGGUCGUGCGCUCAAUCUCACCGCCGAUGGCGUCUUGCGUACUUUACGCGAAAUCGUUGAGCAGCGAGGCAAAAAGAACACCGACCGUGCCGAGACGAUCAAGAUCCUCUCCAAGCUCCUUGAAGUAUCAGCUACUACCUACCAACGCAUUCGGGUAUACCUCGCUUUGAUACCUGCUCGACUCGACUACUCUCAGAACCUUUCGCACAUGCCUUUCGAUUCUCAGGUUGCUUGCCGUACCGAACUGCAAGCUUUGAUCACACUCCUCCUCAACGAGAAGGACUACGUUGUGCAAGACACCGUAGAGGAGUACGAUGACACCGUGGAGAGAGAGCCUGAGAUUAAGGAUGGAAAGACUCAGCGAUUGGGCGUGCGAGGCAAUCUGAUCGGCAUGCUGGAGAAUCUCGACAAUGAGUUCACCAAAACUCUUCAACACACUGAUGCUCACGAGAAGGGAGCCGAUUACAUUGAGAGAUUGAGGGAAGAGGUACCAAUCUACACCACCAUUGUCAAAGCUCAGAUACUGUUUGAGAGGGAAGGAUGGUCCGACGCGGUGGCUCGUGCCAUCAUGAGGAGAUUGGAACACAUCUACGCCAAGCCCGAUGCCAUUGUCGACCACUUUGAGAAGGCGGUCAACCAGGAUACCAACGGCCUCACAUCUUCCAUCACACCACUGCACUCUCAAAGAGACGCUAGCGCUUUGGUCCACUCACUCGCAGUCUUCAUUUACCAGUCUGAGGAGCCUCUUCUUCGUGCUCGUGCCAUUCUCGCCCACAUUUUCAGCCACGCCACGCACGGCCGAUACCACCAGGCUCGAGAUUUGUUGCUCAUGUCACAUCUCCAAGACACAGUCUCACAUGCCGACGUCCCUACACAGAUCCUUUACAACCGAGCUGUCAUGCAGCUUGGAUUGGCCGCGUUCAGGCGUGGAUACAUCUCCGAGUGUCAGACUAUCCUCUCUGAAAUGUUUUCCACCAUGCGUCAAAAGGAACUCUUGGCUCAAGCCGUUCAACGUUAUGGAUCUCAGCUCACCCCGGAGCAAGAAUUGGUCGAGAAGCGACGUCUCUUGCCCUUCCACUUGCACCUCAACAUUGAGCUCCUGGAAGCUGCCUACUUGACGAGCUGCAUGUUGGUCGAGGUGCCUCUCUUGGCUUCCGUGGACACUGAGGAACAGAAGCGAAGGGUGUCGAGCAAGUCAUUCAAGAGACUGUUGGAUAUGGCUGAGAAGCAGGCUUUCAUGGGACCUCCUGAGAACACGAGGGAUCACAUUGUUAAAGCUAGCAAGGCUUUGCAAGCUGGAGAUUGGGAGCGUGCGAAGGAGUUGAUCUUGACAAUCAAGGUCUGGACGUUGCUUGACAAUGCAGCAGAGGUCAAGGAGAUGCUUGGACAAAAAAUCCAAGAGGAGGGCCUGCGGACUUACCUCUUCACCUACUCUCCUCAUUACGCCUCACUCUCCCUCGACUCCCUCGCCACUACCUUUUCCCUCUCACGUCAACGUGUCGUUUCCAUCAUUUCUCGCAUGAUCUACACCGACGAGCUGCAAGCGUCCUUGGAUUCGAUCGGCGGAGUCGUCAUUUUCCAUCGGGUCGAACAGACCGAAGUUCAAAGAUUAGCCCAACAGCUCGCAGAGAAAACUGUCAGCAUAGUGGAGCAGAAUGAAAAGACUCUCGAUAUCAAACUUGGUACUAUGGGUCAAGAGCGUGGAGCGGAACGGACAGGAGCUGGUGGAGAUGGCGCUGGCGGUCGAGGUAAAGGUGAGCGAAGAGGUGGAACUAGAGGAAGCUAUAGAGGUGGAGGCAGAGGCAGAGGUCGUGGAUUCCAAUCUGGUCUCGGAGGUGCCAUGUCGACGAGAAGGGUGCCAGCUUGAUUGUGUUUAUAGUCAAGAGAUGAUGCCAUGCAGAGCAGUGAUUAGCAGAGCAGA